CGAAGGUUUGCGUCUCUAUUGUGGUAGCAGGGAUAGGACGGAAUCACUCAGGAGGAAAAUGCGCGUGGCUGAGAGAGAGAGAGAGAGAGAGAGAGAGAGAGAGUGAGAGUGAGUGAGAGAGAGAGAGAGAGAGAGAGAGAGAGAGAGAGAGAGAGAGAGAGAGAGAGAGAGAGAGAGAGGUGGGGGUUGUGAUUUGUUGGUAUGUGCGCGCGCGCUGCCUAACUUUUUUUUGGGACAAGCUGGUUGGCAGAUGCUGAAGGAAAGGGCGGGGUUUGAUAGUUGUGAGGCUGGUGCGGAGUGUGAUGCGCGCGCGCGCCGUUGGUUGGUGUCAGGUCUUACCUCAACUUGUGUCACGCGCUCGUCUUUUUCUUUCACCCCUGCCUUCCACUCUCGCUGUUGUUCUCUCAUUCGUUUUCCUUGCUCGGUUGCUGCUGUUGCUAAGUCUGGUGCGGGCAGGACCAUGGCGGAUCAGGACACCAGGUCUGCAUUAAUAAGCGAAACCAGAAGGCGUUUUGAGGCAGAAUGUAUACCAGUAAAAAUGGAUAAAUAUGAUCCCAGAGAUGUGGAGAGACUGCAGCAAGAUGAUACUUGGAUUGAUAAUUUCCUAAUAUGGCAUCAUGAUGUUAUGGAUGAUACAUUAAAGAUGAUUGAUGAAAGCUUUCAGUGGAGGAAAGAAUAUGCAGUUCAUGACUUGAGUGAAUCUUCACUUCCAAAGUGGAUGUUUGAUACUGGUAUCGUUUACCUACAUGGUUAUGAUAAGGAAGGCUAUAAAAUGUUUUGGUUCAGGGCGAAGCUUCAUACAAAAGAUCCUAAAACUCAAUUUGAAAAGAAGAAGCUAGUAGCCUUUUGGUUAGAGCGCUAUGCUAGAAGAGAACAUGGGAAGCCUUUGACAAUGGUGUUUGACAUGGCUGAAACUGGACUAAGUAACAUAGACUUGGACUUUGUCCGAUACAUCGUCACCUGCUUUAAAGUUUAUUAUCCUAAUUACCUCACAAAAAUUGUGAUCUUUGAAUUGCCCUGGAUAAUGAACGCUGCUUUUAAACUUGUGAAAAGUUGGCUGGGUCCAGAAGCAGUGAAUUUGCUGAAGGUGACCAAUAAGAAUGAAGUCCAGGAGUAUAUCAGUGCUGAAUAUCUGCCACCCCAUAUGGGUGGGACUGAUACCUUCAAGUAUAGUUACCCUCCAUUGGUUGAUGAUGAUUUUCAAACUCCAUUAUGUGAAAAUGGGCCCAUUACUAGUGAGGAUGAAACCGAAACCAAAGAAGAAAUAGACAUGGAAAACAAAGAGAGUCUAGAUUCUAAUGAAGAACAAGCACCUAAUUCAAAAAAGGCAAAUUUUACAGAACAACCUCCAAAAUCAGAAGAGUAUGAAAAACAAGAUUCCAAAACAAAAAAUGCAAAGAAAGCACUUACCACUUUCAAAGGACCUUUAUUACACAUCAGUCCAGCAGAAGAACUGCAUUUUGGGUCCAAAGAAACCGGAGAGAAGAAAUGCUUGAUCGUUCUAACAAAUGUGACCAAAAAUACAGUGGCAUUUAAGGUGAGAACAACAGCACCUGACAAAUACAGAGUGAAACCAAGUAACAGCAGUUGUGAACCAGGCACAUCGCUAGACAUAAUAGUAUCUCUUCAUGGAGGUUGUGCAGCUUCUCUGCAAGACCGUUUUUUGAUUAUGGCAGCAGAAAUGGAGCAAUACUCUGGAGCAGGAACACAAGAACUGGCUCAGUUUUGGAAGGAGGUUCCCAGAAGCAAAGUGAUGGAACAUAGGUUAAGAUGUCAUGUUAUAGAAAGCAGCAAACCUUCUACUUUAACAAUAAAUGAAAAUGCAUUUAAUAUUCCUGCAAAGACGAAUGAGGAUUUACACUUACAGCUAACACAAUUAUUGCAAGCUAAUAAAAGACUUCGAGAACAGAUUGAUCGCUGUGUCUGGUUCCAGCAAUUGACUCUUUUGUUCAUGUUGCUAUUAGUUGCCAGUACUGCCUUUUGUUUCUACCUGCUGUAUGCUCCAAGGAGGUUCUUAGACUUCACCUUGAAUCCAAAAACACAACCUGUGGCAGUAUCAAAAAUAGGGAUUGUGUUUUUUUUUUGUCCUUGGCAUGGCCCACGGGAAGGAAUAUUACAAAGUGUUAGCGUGUACUCAACAUACUUGUACCUGUGGGUCUUUUGAAAAACACAAACAAAUUUUCCAGCAUCAGUAUUGUGCCUUACCUCAGAAGUGCACCAGUCAAUAUCUGGCAAAAACGAGAGGAAAGUGUCUACACUAUAUUAGUGGUGAGAAACCUCUAGCUCACAGGCCUAUGAGGCUGUUUCCCAAGCCAGGCUGACCUGCCCUACACCUGACAUAAAAUGACAUUAUGAGUUUUGUGUAGACUUAGGGAUGUACAGCGACCACAAGAUUUACCUUCUAUCUGUAGUGGUUGGAAGCAACCCAGUGGCUCAGAUCUGCUCUGUCAUUCCUAUU